AGAAUUAGUAUGCGGCGAUAGUUGCUGGUGAUGACUCUGAUGAUGCGAUUGCUGCUGAGGUUGAUGGGACGCUGUACUGCCGAGGGUUGUAUGUACGUUGGAGGGUAACCCCCAUAACCAGGAGUAGAAUAUGCUCCAGGACUUGUUUGGUGUUGCACUUGCUCUUCGGGAGGUGGCGGAGGAGGUUGUACUUGAUGGUAUUGCGGUGCUUGCUGCGCUGGGGGAUACGAAGGAUGAUGCGAGAUUGGAUAAGAAGGCUGGUGAGAAGGUCGUGCAUCUCGGGACACGUUGACUGCUGACCCUGCCCGAGUCCGUUUUGACGAAGUAUUUUGUGGAUGUGCAGAAUCAUCGCCACGAGAGCCAGGCCCGAUAGUGACGGAGUUUGGUACGGGAGUGACUUGGGCGGAAAGAGGGAUACCAGGA